CAGUGCUUCUGCCUUAUGCCCGUCAGUGGAAUCAGCGCUUCCUCCUACCAGGGAUUGAGCUUCAGCCGGCGAAGCUGGCGCUUUUGGUACAGUGUCGUGUACCUCUGCUCCACCUCGGUGGAUCUGGGCUUCAGCAUCAGCAAGGUGGCCCACAGUGUCCUGGAUGUGCGCAGUGUGGAGCCCAUAGUUUUCCACGUGAGCAUUCUGAUCGCCUCCUGGCAGUUCCUCCGGCUGGCCCGCCUCUGGCCGGGAUUGAUGCGCCACUGGGCGGCGGUGGAGCGGCGGCUGCCCGGCUACUCCUGCUGCCUGCAAAGGUCCCGUCCUGCCCGUCGCAUCCAGUUGGUGGCCUUCCUGCUGCUCUCACUUUCGCUGAUGGAGCACCUGCUGAGCAUCAUUUCGGUGGUCUACUACGACUUCUGUCCGCGGCGCAGGGACCCCGUGGAAUCGUACCUGCACGGGACGAGUGCCCAGCUGUUCGCCGUGUUCCCCUACUCCAACUGGCUGGGCUGGCUGGGCAAGAUCCAGAACCUGCUGCUCACCUUCGGCUGGAGCUACAUGGACAUAUUCCUGAUGGUGCUGGGCAUGGGGCUCAGCGAGAUGCUGGCCAGGCUCAACCGCAGCCUGGAGUUGCAGGUGCGACAGCCCAUGCCGGAAGCCUACUGGACCUGGUCGCGCACUCUCUACCGAUCGAUAGUGGAGCUCAUACGGGAGGUGGAUGACGCCGUGUCCGGGAUUAUGCUGAUAUCCUUCGGCAGCAAUCUGUACUUUAUCUGCCUGCAGCUGCUGAAGAGCAUCAACACGAUGCCCUCCUCGGCCCACGCCGUCUACUUCUACUUCUCGCUGAUGUUCCUGCUCAGUCGAUCCACGGCCGUGCUGCUUUUCGUCUCGUCGAUCAACGAUCAGGCCAGGAUUCCACUGCGUCUGCUGAGCCUCGUGCCGAUCGAGGGCUACCAUCCGGAGGUCUUCCGCUUUGCCGCAGAACUGGCCUGCGACCAGGUGGCGCUCACGGGCCUCAAGUUCUUCAAUGUCACCAGGAAGCUGUUUCUGGCGAUGGCGGGAACUGUGGCCACCUACGAACUGGUUCUCAUCCAAUUUCACGAGGAUAAAAAAUCCUGGGACUGUUCGGCCUCUAGUUUUAAUUAG